CAGCGGGCAUUUAGUCUCGCGAGUUUACUCUCCUAGCCAACAUCGUGUUUUUAACGUUCGAAUAUAAGUGAAUAUGUUGUUCUCCUGAUCGGAAUAUACAAUUUUAUUUUCACAAUUAUUUCAAACUGUGAAUAAUUAUAAUUUUUUUUCAUUUUUUUUUUUUUUUUUUUUUUUUUUUUGUUAUAAAAGACUGGUGAAUCAGACACAUUUAAGAAAUUGUCACUCCCGAGGAGGAAAAAUUGUAUACAUGCGUUGAGGAAGAAGAUCAAGAGGAGGCGAGAAUCGAAAGUGAUCGGGGACGGUUUUUGCCACUUCGCUCCCCAUCACCAACGACAAAUAUGGGUUGCUGCGGCUGUGGGGAUGAUAAGGUAGUGCCUUCGUCGCCCGAUGAUGAGGAAAAUUCUGAUGAUGUCAAUCAAGUUUUUUCCAAUGACCGUUCCUGUACUGACAUAUUGGCAUUAAUCAUCUUCAUUAUCGUUUUAUGUGCCUUUGGAUAUUUUAUGAGUGCCGCAGCAAAAAAAGGUGACAUCCACAGAGUUAUCAAUGGUUAUGAUGACUGCGCCAAUAUUUGCGGGAGAAUUACUGCCAAGGAAAUUAAUCCGGAAUUUAGAUGCAAGGGGGCUGACAUGAAGAAUAAGCCGUACCUUCUUGUUAAUGUUGGAGCUGAUGGAGUGAAAUCGAGAACAUGUGUAACGAACUGUACCAAUUCACCAGAUUAUGUGACUUUCCUAAAUCGUUGUGUACCGAGAAAAGUCACCGAUUCUGCAGGAUCUCUUAUAAAGUCGCUGGGAUUAAAAGACUUUUUUCAUGAAGCAACACGUGAUCUUUCACAAGCAUGGCGGGAAUUAGUUUAUCUUCUUCUAAUAGCUUUAGCUAUUUCUCUGAUUAUUUUGAUUGCCUUUCGAUAUAUGGUUCAAUAUGUCAUUUACAUUGUUCUUUCUGGCGCCGUCGUCGUUUGUAUUGGUGGAACUACAUACCUUUGGUUGGCUUGGUAUCAAGAGAAGAAGGCGGUUGAUAGGCAUUUAAUCCAUGAAGAUGACGCGAGCACUACCGAUUAUUUCGUAUAUGCGAUAAUAAUGUCUGUAGUUACAGUCAUCACUAUUCUCGUUGUUCUUGUAAUGCGAAAGAGAAUUGCACUUGUGGUCCAACUUUUUCGAGAAGCUGGAAAAGCAGUUUAUUCCAUGCCCGCCUUAUUAUUACAACCAAUUUAUACAUAUUUAUUGGUUCUGUUGAGUGUCAUUGCCUGGGUUUAUUGUAUGAUUUUAAUAGAGAGUGCUGGCGAUCUCUAUAAUAACACUAAAAAAAAUCACCUCCAUUAUAAAAAAGAUAUAAUCAUCAAAAUUACCAGAUGGUAUAAUAUAUUCAUUUUCUUCGUGAUUUGUGAAUUUUAUUUGGGAUGUCAACAUAUGGUUGUUGCUGGUUCAGUUGCCCGUUGGUUCUUCACCAGGGACAAGAAACAAUUGUCAUUACCAGUGGCGAGAAGUACAACAACAUUAAUUCGUUUUCAUCUUGGAACUGUGUCAUUUGGCGCUAUGAUAAUUGGAAUCGUCAGAUUAUUGAGAGCAAUGUUGGCGUCAGUGCAAAAAAAACUUAAAAAGUUUGACAACGAUUGCGCCAAAGGUGUCUUAUGGUGUUGUCAUUGCUGUUUAUGGUGUUUCGAAUGCGCUUUGAAAUUUCUCACCAGAAAUGCCUAUAUUGAAACAGCAAUUUAUGGAUGCAGUUUUUGUACCGGAGGAAGAAAAGCUUUUCAAGCAUUGUCUAGUAACAUUCUUCGCGUGGCUGCUAUAAAUAGUGUCGGCGAUUUUGUUCUUUUCUUAGGAAAAGUUCUCGUUGUCGCACUUACUGUCGUCGCAGGAAUUUAUUUAAUGCAGAAAAAACCAAAUCUUCAACAUCCUUGGGUACCAAUUUUAAUUGCAGGAAUUUUCGCAUACGUAAUUGCGCACGUUUUCAUCUCAAUUUACGAGAUGGUGAUUGAUACUAUUUUCAUUUGCUUCUGUGAAGAUUGCGCCAAGAAUGAUGGAAUUAACCGUCCCUAUUAUAUGAGCCGUGGUUUAAUGGAAUUCGUUGAGAACAGUAAAAAGGCAUUGAAAGUUUUGGAAGAACGACAAGCAUCUACCUCGUAAAUAAAAAAAUUUUUGCAAAA